AAACUACAUAGAGAGAAGUGUUUAUCUAUAUAUACACGCACACAUACACUGAUAUAUACAUACCAAACUAUGGUGAAGUUUGAUACGAAACUAUGGAAAGCUGUGUUUAUGAUGUCGAUUAUCAACAUUGCGUUAAGCGUUGUAAACGUUAUGUUCAAGAAGAUGCUUAAUCAAGGAGUUAAUCGUAUGGUUGCGGCCACUUACCGACUUGCCGCAGGAACUCUGUUCUUGACACCAUUUGCUAUUUUCUUAGAAAGACAUAACAGGCCAAAACUCACUGGUGGUAUCUUGUGUUCACUUUUCUUAAGCGCUCUCCUGGGGACAAGUUUGGUGCAAUAUUUCUUUCUUAUUGGACUACAAUAUACAUCUUCCACUUUUGCCUUAGCGUUCAGCAACAUGGUUCCUUCAGUCACUUUUGCUUUGGCUCUAGUCUUUAGGCAAGAGACGUUGAACAUCAAGAACAACAUAGGAAGAGCCAAAGUGUUUGGAACAAUGAUAUGCAUAUGUGGAGCUUUGGUACUUACACUUUAUAAAGGAGCCUCACUAACUCCACAAAACGCUCAAACACAAACAGAAACGUCAAAUAGUCCAACCACUGCGGUAACGCAAAAAUGGGCAAUGGGUUCGGUCAUGCUGAUCAUAUCUAUCUUAAUAUGGUCAUCAUGGUUCAUUGUUCAAGCUAAAAUAUGCCGGAAAUAUCCAUGUCAAUACACAAGCACCACUAUCCUCUCUUUUUUUGGUGUGAUCCAAUCUGCUUUGUUGAGUUUAAUCUCAGAGAGGAGCAUAUCCAUGUGGGUCGUUAAAGAGAAGUUCCAAGUUUUAGCUUUACUUUAUUCGGGUAUUGUGGGAUCUGGAUUGUGCUACGUGGGAAUGUCAUGGUGUCUCCAGCAAAGAGGUCCGGUUUUCACGUCUAGCUUCAUCCCUUUGAUUCAAGUCUUUGCAGCAUUUUUCAGCUUUUUUUUUCUUCAUGAGCAAAUUUACUGUGGAAGUGUGAUAGGAUCAAUGGUCAUCAUCGUGGGACUUUAUAUACUUUUAUGGGGCAAAAGCAAGGAGAAGCCUACACAAGUUACCAAACAAGAACCAUUAAAUCUCGAUCUUGAAGAUUGUGGGACAGCUCCGAAGGAACUUAACAGUGCUCCCCAUCCAAUCUCUGAAAAAUAGUUAUUUCUUUUUUCAAACCAACUUUCAUAAAACUAGACUCCAUCUAUGGAGGAAUUGUUCAACAGUACAACUUUAACAUAUAUUUUUAGUUGUUUGUGCUUAUUGUCAAUGAAUUCCUAAGACUUAACAUGAAUGUCUAACAGAAAAUCAUAACACUUAACUGUUAUACAUAAAAAGCAUAUGUUGAGAUUUCAAGUUCCAGAAAGUAAUGUUUGCCAAU